CACAGACUAGUUGAGAGUGAAAAUUACGGAGUGUAAAUAUUACAAAAUAAACAUGUCGGACACAGAAGCAUGCGGAUCGGAAGAAAAAACAGAAUUUCUUCCGAAUUGUGCGGAUGUCAACCAGUUUGUUCAAAAAACUCUCAAGUCAGUCCUGCAAGCAACCAAAUGUUCAAAUGAGAUGCCGGCGGAAGGUGACGACUUUGAUUUCUACUCAAGUUAUCAGGGAUUUCAGGACAUAAUGAACAUUGAAGGCAAAAGGAUACUGCAUAUGAUACAGAAUAUAUUAAAACAUCAAAAUGUGAAGGUCAACCUUGGGUCAGCUAGUGGGGCAGCUGAUAUUGAAGACAAGAUGGACAUGUUGAUGGAUGCCAAUGACCAAAUACUUGAGAGAGUGGGGAAUUGGUUGGACGAGGCUUCAGGUAUAAAGAAAGAUGACAACUCAUUAGUCAUCGCCACGGCAACUCCGAAACAACAGACAUCUGCUAGCUGGAAUAAAAAGAGCCCAGGGGCAUCAUCUUCUACUCCGAGUUUUAAACUGUUGUCUGCCAGGAAUAUCCAAAGACCACAGAUGAAGUUUAAAGAUAAAGUGGACAACAGACCUUUGCCUUUUAUCCCUAUAAUAAAAAACAAACCCAAUGCUCUCAAAUCUCUAGAAGAGAGUUUACAGUUACCUGAGGGUGUUACACCGGAGAUGGCCGAGAAACCAGAUUUCAAAUAUCCACACCCGUACCAGUAUGAGUUGGACAAGUUAACAUACGUGGAUGGUCAGUUGCUGCCAUCAGAUAUAGUGGAGCCAGCCAGCCUAGACGAGACACCGUGUACUUUGAUCAAUAAAGUAGAGGAGCUUGCUGGUGUUCUAGAUCAUCUGAAGAAACAGACAGAGAUAGCUGUAGAUCUGGAGCACCAUAGUUACAGAACGUUCCAGGGUAUUACGUGUCUAAUGCAGAUAUCAACACGUUCACAGGAUUAUCUCAUAGAUACAUUAGAUUUACGUAGUGAACUACAGUGUCUGAAUGAAGUGUUUACAGAUCCGAGUAUUGUUAAAGUAUUACAUGGUGCUGAUAUGGAUAUAGAGUGGUUACAACGUGACCUUGGUUUGUAUGUUGUGAACAUGUUUGAUACGGGACAGGCAGCCAGGGUGAUGAAUCUAGGUCGGUUUUCCCUAGCACAUCUUCUACAAAACUACUGCAGUAUAACAGCUGACAAACAGUACCAGCUUGCUGACUGGAGAAUAAGGCCGUUACCGGAAGAGCUAAAAAAAUAUGCGAGAGAAGACACACACUACCUGUUACACAUAUAUGACAGAAUGAAAAAUGAACUGCUGGAACGAGGCAAUGAGUCCAAGAAUCUUCUCAUGUCUGUUCUUCAAAGAAGUGCUAAGCUUUGUACAAAGGUGUAUCGUAAGCCCCAGUGUACACGAGAAGGAUACAAGGAAUUAUAUGUGAAGAAUAAGAAAGUGUUUAACUCCCAACAACUGCUGGCACUAAGUGAAAUGUUUAACUGGAGGGAUGAAACAGCCAGACUGGAGGAUGAAAGCUAUGGGUAUGUGUUACCAAAUCACAUGAUGUUACAGAUAUGUGAUAUAUUACCACGUGAGAAGCAGGGUGUGUUAGCUUGUUGUAAUCCUAUACCCCCUCUAGUACGACAAUACCUUAAUGAGAUACAUGCCAUCAUUAAGAAAGCAAGAGAAGCUCCGUUACACAAGGUUGAGCUGGUGAAACAUGAGAGGAGACCAACACAACAUCAACAUCCUAAAUAUAAUGUUGAUAGUUUGUUACAUUGUCCACAUGAUCUGUCACACCAGGAUAAUGUAAUCAUGGAAACAGAUACCUGUCUCCUAGACUCGUCCCUGGUGGCAAGAAAGUCAAGUAUGUUCUCAAAUACAGCUGAUAGUGUGAUUGUUGUCAAGUCACAUCCUUUAUUAACUGUCUUUGAUUCAAAACCAAAUACUAAAGCAGCCUUGACUGCUGUACAGAAAAUUGUGAAAGAAGUCAAAGCUGGCUUGACCAAUCCAUAUGAACAGUAUAUUCCGGUUGAUGCAAAGAAAGGAUCUUCAGUCAUCAGACCUGCUAAAUUACCAGGUGAUAAGGCUGAAAGUAUAAUGAAAAGUCCACCAUGGAAGUUGCUGCCGUCAUCAGUAAAGAGGAAGUCAAUAGAGGCUGAUGGUGCUAAUGGUUCAGCUCCGCCCAGUAAGAGGUCACGCACAGAUUUACAUGGUAACAGUUCCUCAGUGAACCAGCAUAUCAGGUUUGAAGAUGGAGACCCGAACCCUAGCACUGAGAAAACUGAAGAUGAUAAGAAGGCACUGCCACAGGAUGUUGAAAUACCUCUAAGGUUUCAGGUGCCAUCAAAGAAAAAAAAGAAGGAGAAAAGACAAGAUAUAGAUAUUAUAGAAAGUGUUCAGAAACAUUUAAGCCAUUUGAGAGAGCUAGAACGGACCAAUGAUGUGGCUCUAGGAGAAAAUCCAGACGAUCAGCAACCUUUUAAUUUAGCGGAAAAGAUAAAGGAAAAAAUGGAACAGAGGAAGUUAAAAAGGAAAAUGAAAAAAGACAAGAAAAAGGGAAAGCUAGGUGAUGCUGAACCAGUGGUUGAUUUGACAAUGGAAACAGCAGAAAAUUUAUCUGUAACUGUGAAUACAGGAAAUAAAUCUAGAACAGUGAAUAAAGAAAGUGACAACAGAACUGAGAAUAAAGGAAGUGAAGAAGCUAUAGUGAUACUAGAUGAUGAUAAGGAAGAGGAUAAAGAGGAAAGUAAAGGAUUUAAACCGUAUGAUUAUGCAGAAGGUGCUAAGAAGUUAUUACAAGGUAAUUCAUCGAAGGAUUCAGAUUAUUAUGACCCACAGUUUCAAAAUAGAAGAGGAAAAAAUAAGGGAUCGAGAAGUAAAGCUUACAGUAAAAGAGGACAGAAAAGUUACUCAUGGAAACAAAAAUAGCAUUAAACAUGUUUAUGUUUUUGUUUGAUGAAGGUUUUGAGCCAAUGUCAUAUUGACAGCUGUAAACAUUAGAUAUAAUAUAAUGUAGAAAAAGUGAAAUUAGUAUGCAAAACAUACAAAAUCAUGAACAUUUUUCUUAAUGCUGCAUGCUUCAAGACGAGCCA